CAGGUAAAUGCAUUAUUGUCUUCUUUAGAGAUUGACAGUGAUGCCCAGGUUAAGGGACCUUUGCCUGGUAGGUUUCGUGAGCUGGAAGAUUAUUGGAAUGAAUCCCAAGGUAUGCUUAAACCUGUUCCUCAUCCUGCUGAUGGAUGGGUUGCUGAAUAUAGCCAGCACAGAGCAGCACGUGGUGAUCCCAAUGCUUGGGCACAGUCAUUUGAACAACAACAUGGUGCAAAUGGGUGGGCCUCUGAAUUCGUGCAAGAACAAUCUCAGUUGGCAUCAGUUGAUCAAAUGAGAGGUGUGAAUAACUCAAAUACAAUGGAGCAUACUCAUAUGCUUGCACAUACACUUGCUCAAAAUAAUGAUCCUAAAUUUCAGAAUUCAAGGUUUCUUCAAUUUGUGUCAAAGAUGAGUCGAGGUGAACUUAUUAUUGAUGAUAAUCAAGUCAAAGCAGCUCCAAUGUCUGCAGCUGAGGAAUGGGCAGCUGAAUAUGGGUGGCAGUAUGAUAGGGGCCCUGCUUGGGCUGAAGAAUUUAUACACAACGAUGUUUCCCUUGGAGCUAAUCAGUGGGUGAAUGAGUUUGCUGUGGAAGAAGGGCAGCAUGGUACAGUGGACGAUCAGUGGGUCAAUGAAUUCUCCAAACUGCAUGUUAAUGACUGGGCAGAAGAAUUUGAGCAGCAAGUUGGUGAUGGAGCUCUGGGGGAUGCUUCAGCUGAUAGUUGGGCAAACACGUAUGAUGAGUUCCUAAAUGAGCAAGUGGCUGUCAAGCAAAGGUCAGGUGCUUCAAGAGGGGUCUAUGUCUUUUCGGAUAUGAAUCCUUAUGUUGGUCAUCCCAACCCUUUAAAAGAAGGCCAAGAGCUGUUUCGCAAAGGGCUUUUAAGUGAAGCAGUGCUUGCUCUAGAGGCUGAAGUUUUGAAAAACCCUGACAAUGCUGAAGGUUGGAGGUUACUUGGAAUAACACAUGCAGAGAAUGAUGAUGAUCAACAGGCUAUUGCCGCCAUGAUGCGUGCACAGGAAGCUGAUCCUACAAAUCUGGAAGUCCUUCUUGCUCUUGGCGUGAGUCAUACAAACGAGUUGGAACAGGCAGCUGCAUUGAAAUACUUGUAUGGAUGGUUGCGCCAUCACCCAAAGUAUGGGACACUGGCAGCUCCAGAGCUUGCUGAUUCUUUGUAUUAUACUGAUAUUGCUAGAUUAUUUGUUGAAGCCUCCCGUAUGUCACCUGACGAUGCUGAUGUACACAUAGUACUUGGUGUUUUGUACAACUUGUCCAGAGAGUAUGACAAAGCCAUUGAGUCCUUCCAGACAGCUUUGAAACUCAGGCCAAACGAUUACUCUCUUUGGAACAAACUUGGUGCAACACAAGCCAAUAGUGUUCACAGUGCCGAUGCAAUAUUGGCAUAUCAACAGGCUUUAGAUUUGAAGCCUAACUAUGUUCGCGCAUGGGCAAAUAUGGGUAUCAGUUAUGCAAACCAGGGUAGGUUUGAGGAUUCAAUUUGUUACUAUGUUCGGGCACUCGCUAUGAAUCCCAAGGCAGAAAAUGCCUGGCAGUAUUUAAGAAUUUCUUUGAGCUCUGCAUCUAGGAAUGACAUGCUAGAAGCUUGUGAUUCACGUAAUCUGGAUGCCCUCCAAAAGAAGUUUCCACUGUAAAUGUUGUACUGUUUAAGUAGCUGGUAAGUUGAAUCCCAGGAGAUGAGGCAGAUACCAGCUAAACAUCGGCAAAGUAUAAGUUCUACUUUACUAGCGUUUUGACGAAUAAUUAAACAAGGAGAAAGAAUUGUUUGUGGACGCAAAUGGAUCAUCCAAACUUAAUGCAACCACAAAUUGAUGCAUCAUUGCAUUGGGGGAUUUGAGUGGGGUGAGUGUGUAUCGAAUUCUUUGACAGAAGUUUGAGUAAAGGUUACGUGUGAUUUAGUUGGAUUGAUGUUGAUAUAUUUUUGUUGACUCGCGUUAAACCAACCCUAAAUAGCCUUCAUGAACUCAAGCUAGACUUUUGUUGAAUGUUAGCUACCUCUCUACUCUUAGCAUUGGAAAACUCACAAGCUUUAAUUAUUGUUGUCAUGUAUCUACAUAAAUUCCUUCAAGUCA